CACUGCUAGGUGGAUUAAUCUGGGUUUUUCCAUUUGAACCUGGUCCAAAUGUGGUAUAAAUUUGAACCAAGAAAGAGUAGACCACUGGUGAAGUUGCCCUCAGUGCACGAUCGUCUUGAGCCACACACGAAGUUUGACAAACCCGACAAACCGAAGGCGUCAAGGAAAAGGAAGGCAUCAACGUCAACAAAUUACCUGCAACAUGCAGGAAUCAGAUCCAAGCCCUCAGAAUUCUCAUUACCAGGAUGAAGCGGAAAGCGUUCGAGAAGCAACUCCUUCACCUCCGGGUCCGCCAGAAGAAAAAUGGCGAGAAGCAAUUCAAGUGGCCAAAGAUUUGGAACUAAGUCGUCACGGUUGGAAGAAACAAUCACACUCCUCGAAGAUACGAGUGCAGCGAUCCCAAGCGUGUCGCGAUAGUCCAUACAGCAGAAGUCGUCCUACGGUUGCCUUAGUCUCACAAUUUCUCAAUGCUGCCAUGGUUAACAAUACGGAGCUGCUGCAAGGUAUGAUCGAGAAGGGUUUCAGUCCAGAUACACGGGAACCUACGUUCAAACGCUCCGCACUGCACAUUGCUUGCAGUCGGGGAUUUACGGACAGUGUGCGAGUAUUGCUAGAAAACGGGGCUAAUCCAAACAUACGGGAUUUGAAUGAGAAUACUCCAUUGCAUCUGGCUUCCUGUACGGAGAAUAUUGCGAUAAUAGAUUUGUUGCUGAAGUAUGGAACGAAUGUUACGCUAAAAGAUUCUAAUGGCCUGAUUGCGCUGGAGAUUGCUAUCGGGAAGCUUCGGUUAUCCGAUCGAAUCAUAUCCAAGAUGCAGAAGCUGACGAAGAGCGACAUCCACACCCACCGGAACAACGUUGUGAAAGUUUGCGAAAUGAUUUUCGUGGUGUUCAAACAGCAGGUACGGAGCGGAAGUUUGCUGUAUCUUGAUCCGAGCGAAGCGGGACAUAUGUACCAACGUCACCUCGAGGAAAUGUUGGAAGACUUCGAAGAGCAGCUCAAUCGCGUGAAAGGUAGGAGCAUCGAUUUCAACUCAAUUGUUGAUCAGUUGGAGAAUUUGAACGUCAGAAGCGAAAUCGACAGCGAUGUGAACUCGCUUCUGUCGACCCUGCAAAAGCUGGCAGUUUGAAUACGUGAUGUUGAUAAGUCUGGAGGAUUAGUGGAAGGAAAAUCGGUUUCAACAUUCCAAAGUACGCACGCAAUUUUUUUUUUCGCCGCUGUGGAUUCGUUUGCAUCGCUAAAUCAAUUGUGUAGGUUAGCUGUAUGUAAAAUUGGGAAAACCAUUCUUGGAAUACCUUUUUACAUAAUGUCUUUUUAUUUUGUUAUUAAAACAUUUUGAAAAUUUUUGUCAAGUCAGAUCUUCUUGUUAACCAUUAAGUAACCAUUUUUGCAUUCGUAUAUCAUGAGGCUAACACGAUGAUACUUUUAUGCCCAGGAACGUCGAGGCGAUUUCCAAACCGAAAAUUGCCUAGACCGGCAUCGGGAAUCGAACCCAGCCACCCUCAGCAUGGUGCGCAUCUUACCGCACGGCUAAGGAGGGCCCCCAAGUUAGGUGUCUGACUGCAUUAUAUUAUAGGACCUCCAUUUCAUGUUAAGGUUUUGUAACAUGAAUUUCUAAGUCUAAUGCUUUACACAAAAUACGUUAUUUUUCUUUGUUAGCAUUAGAUCAACCACUACAAAGAAUUCGAGAAAAUUUCCAACCCGCUAAUUUUCGACCAGAUCGGCAAUCUAGCCCAGCUACCUUCAGCAAAGACUUUAAAUGUUUUACCUUUGGUUUUAAUCGUGUGCAACCUUUGCUUCUGCAACAAUAAUUUAUUACUCCGAGUGACGGAUUUCCAAGAAAUAGUUUUCCGAAUAUUAUCAUAAAUACAUUCAUUAGAUAUAUUAAAAUAUUUAGGUGAGAUACUAAAGAGUGUUUAAGCUCAUCCAUCAGCUGCUCGAGGAAUUUCUUUUGUGUUCCAUACUAUAGCAUUCGGUCAAUGUUUAAUUUUCGAAAGAUUUAGCGUAAUUUAGUAAUUAUCCCGUAAGAGUCUUAGAGUGAAAUAAAUUAAUAUAAUAAAACACUUA